AUGUCUUCAGAGCAGAUCCCAGACCGAUACAAGCUCAUUUUCUUCGUCCCGAACCCCAACGCCGAAGAGUGCAAGGAGGCCGUGUUCGCGGCAGGAGCCGGCGUUUUCUCCGGAGGCAAAUACACCCACGCCUGUUUUCAGACAAAGGGCCAGGGCCAAUUCAAGCCUGGUCAAGGGGCUGCUCCUGCGAUUGGGGCGGUGGGGGAGUUGGAGCUGGUGGAGGAGACAAAGGUGGAGGUUAUGUGUGCUGGGCGGUCGGUUAUGCUUCAGGCGGUUGAGGCAUUGGUGAAGGCUCAUCCGUAUGAGGAGGUGGCAUAUGAGGUUUAUAAGAUGGAGAAUGUUUGA